UGGGAACCGCAUGUUAAAGGAACAUAUUUAAACCUCAUAAACAUUCUUACAUUUUGUUUACCUUUGGAACAAUCCAAGGACAAUGAAUUCAUUUUGUUUUGAAUGUCUCUUUACUUUGAACAGUGAAGUCCCAUUCAGUACAUUUUGCUCAAUGGGAAAAACCUGAACAGAGUUUUUAUUUCUCUUUUUAACUUUCUCCCAUUGAGCCAAAUUCUCAUAAAUAUGUCCCGAUUACAUUUUAUUUGCACCUAAGAUCUAUAUAUUUAUUGCAUCUGUUUUGGUUGUCAGUGAUCUUUUUACAUGGCAGCAUCUUUAUCUGACUGCACAAGGUAUUCAUGGUUCUUUCUUCUGGAAAUUACUUUCAUCCACCUGAACGUCUUGCCUGACAACUGUAAAUGGCACAUUUAACUAGUAUUCCAAUGGUAUGAAGCAUUGCAUUCGUUGUUGCAUAGCACUGUUACCAAAUGACUUGCACAAACACUGUUCCAGGUGCCGAGGGCCAAGUCACAAUAACAAAAAUUGUCAUCUUUGCAAAAGAGAAAAUAAAGUUCUGUUGCACUUGGAUAGCAAACAGAUGAACUUGCUUGCAGUUCUGGAAGUAAGGACUGAUCACAGUGAGAGCUGGACUGGACUGUUUUGUCUGAAGAAAGGAAAGCUGUGCAGCUUAAUGUUUGGAUUAUUAAUAAUGAUGCUAGUGAUGGCAUCUUAUAUACUGACUGGAGCCAAACAUGGCCUCUUGCUGAUACUGCCCACAUUCCAUUAUGGAGCUUUUGCAAGCAAUUCAAACUUAAUGGACAGCGAGACGCUCUGUGAUGUGAAAGAUCAUUACCAGACAUCUAAAAUGAAUAUUUCAUAUGCCAAGGAUUAUCCAAAUAUUAAAGUAAUUAUUGACACUAUUACUUCAAAUAUUGAAUUCAAACCCAGACAUUAUCCACACUUAGAAGAUCUGAAGAAACAAGAGCUGCAUAUGUUCUCAGUAAUUCCUAACAAGUUUCUUCCAAGCAGCAAGAGUCCUUGUUGGUAUGAAGAAUACAGUGGAAACAUGACCACAGAUCCCUAUGCUACAAACUCCUAUGCAUUGUAUUCCAAACGUUUUCGGGCAAUAUUUGAUUACCUCAGAAAGGUAUUCUGGAACCAUUUGUAUCACUACAAGGAUAAGCAUUAUCGGCUGCGCUGCCUUCCCCAUUUCUACAUCAUAGGCCAGCCAAAGUGUGGGACAACAGACCUUUAUGACAGGCUCAGGUUACAUCCUGAUGUGAGAUUCUCAGCAAUUAAGGAGCCUCACUGGUGGACAAGAAAACGGUUUGGGAUAAUUCGUCUGAGAGAUGGAUUCCAUGAUCGCUACCCAGUAGAAGACUACCUAGAUCUGUUUGACUUGGCUGCCCAUCAGAUUCAGAGUGUGCUACAAGAUGAUGCUGCAAAAGGCUAUAGCAACAAGAUGAACAACAUCAUUAUUGGAGAGGCCAGUGCUUCAACAAUGUGGGACAACAAUGCAUGGAUUUUCUUCUAUGACAACAGUACAGAUGGAGAGCCUCCAUUUUUAAUACAGGACUUUAUCCAUGCCUUCCAGCCAAAUGCAAAGCUGAUUGUGAUGCUUCGAGAUCCUGUUGAAAGACUGUAUUCAGAUUAUCUCUACUUUGCAAGUGCUAACAAAUCUGUAGAGGACUUCCAUGAAAAAGUGGCUGAGUCACUACAGCUGUUUGAAAAUUGCCUGGUGGAUUAUUCCCUGAGAGCUUGUGUGUACAACAACACCCUUAAUAAUGCCAUGCCUGUACGACUUCAGGUUGGUCUGUAUGUUGUUUUUCUCCUGGACUGGCUCACAGUUUUUAAUAAAGAUCAAAUGCUAGUUCUCCGUUUGGAAGAUCAUGCAUCCAACAUUAAGUAUACUAUGCACAUGGUGUUCCGGUUUUUGGAUCUAGGUGCCCUAAGUGAAAAACAAGAAGCUCUAAUUACCAAGAGUCCGGCAUCAAACACAAGAAGGCCUGAGGAUCGGAAUCUAGGCCCUAUGUUACCUCUUACAAAGGAAAUCCUAGAAGAUUUUUAUCGGCCAUUCAAUGCAAAACUGGCUCAAGUUCUUUGUGAUGAAGCUUUUUUAUGGAAAAAGCCUUGAUCUGUUCAGUGCACCGCACAACUACUGGUGCGAAUAAUUACAUUUUACCCACUCUGUGGUCGAGAAAGCCCGAUGCCUUCCUCCCCACAGUUAGCCCAUGAAGAAACAAGAAUACAAAGCUCCAGAGUUAUGAAGCUCUGUUGCAACUUUUUCUCUCUCCACAAAAGAACAGUGUACAAAUGAUACAAAGCAGUCUUACAUUCUCUGGUUAUGAUUAUGAAGUAUAAUCUCUAAAGCAAAUUCAAUGCAGCAGUCAGCACUAGCCACCUAAA